AUGCAGUACAAACUCAUUCUUGCUUCGGCCUUGCUUACCACGGCCUCCGCUGUCCCUCACCCCGAAAUUACAGAAGCUCCCUCCGUCCACCAACGACGAGACCUCUGGGGCCAAAUCGGCAGCGAUUUUGGUGCUAUCGGCACCGACCUUGGCAAUGCUUUUGGCAAUCUCGGCGGUGCCUUUGGCAAUCUUGGCGGACAACUAGGUUCCGAUCUGAGCAGCAUCGGCGGCUCAAUCACCUCUGGUUGGGGUUCCUUCACCCACUCAAUCGCUACAUAUACCAGCGCCGCAGCAUCAGACUAUAGCAGAUGGGCCGGCGACGCUUCCAGUCUUGCCAGCGAUGCCUCUGUACAAGCCACCUCGUGGGCUGCCAGAGCCGCGACCGAGACGAACAGUGCUUCCGCCUCGAUAGCAUCGCAAUUUGCUUCCGAUGCUUCGAUUAUUGCCGAUAAUGAGAGUAGUGCGGCCUCAUCUUUGGCGUCGCGCGCCUCCAACACCGUUGCCCAUGUCACCGGUAUGAGUACUGUGACCGGCGCCACUACUCUCACCAACUCUGCUGGUUCUGCUACCGCUACAAGCACCUUUACUAGUACCCAUGCCGGGGCUACCGCCGCUUCAACUACCGCUUCCGUUGGAGGCGCAGCCGCUCCUACUGCUGGAUUGGGUAUGGGACUCGCUGGCUUUGCUGGUCUUGUCGGUCUUGUCGCCGUGGCUCUAUAA